UAAUAUGUUGUGUAUGAUUAAUGAUUUAUUACAUGGUUUUUUAAUCACCAAGAGACAUAUCCUUUGCAGGAUUAUGAUUGGGUUUUUCGUGAUUUAUUCGUUCUUUGUAAGUUCAUAGUAUGUAUGUAAUAUACAUCUAAAAAAUAUACAUAUAUAUUAUAUAGAACAGAGUAAAGAAACAACAGUUUUCGAGUUUAUACAACGUAUUUCAUUACCCAAAUUGAUAUGCACCUCCAAUAAGUUCGUACUAAAUGCAAAAAUUUGACACGAGUUUCAAUAGACAGUGCCAGUGUCAGUGCAAAAUGCAUUGAGUGCGUUUCGUUGAUGCCCAUUGAAAAAUACACUUAUAAAUAUUAAUUAAUUUACACAACAACAACGUAUCCUUCAAAAAUUUACGAAUAUUCAUCAUAUCUCGAGUAACCCAACUAUAGUCAGCCAAGGAUUAAAGCACUUGUCUUAUAUGCACAGUUACGAUAAAUAUUAAAUGUGUUUAUAACUCAAAUAAUAUAAAAAAAUUGGUAAUUUUGCAAUAAAACCCGAUUAUAAAAUUAUUUCAUGAUACUUACGUCCAUACAAUAUAUAGAUGAAAUAAUAUUAUAAUAUUAUACAUUAAAAAUGUAAACGACAUUUUUUAACAAUUUUUAGCGAGUGGAAUUUUCGUAGCAUUCGUUUAUAUUUUAACUGAAUUUUGGUUGAAUACAGUUGAUACAUCGAUGAAUGUGUCCAAACCACAUCAUUUACUCAUGACAGAAUACUUUAUUGAAGAAAAGUAUUUCUAUGUGAUUAUGUUGUAUAUGUACACGUCAUUUUGUAUCUCAAUAAUUAUAAUGGUAGCCACAGGUACAAUAAUGCUCACAAUCCUUUAUCAUGUCUGUGGAAUGUUUAAAAUUGCUAGCUAUCGUAUCGAAAAUAUCAACAUUAAUAUUUUACAAAAUGUUACGUUAAAAAGUAAGACUUUGAUGACUGAAGGCGUAAUUUAUGCCGUUGACAUUCAUCGGCAAGCUAUAAAGUUUGUAUCUGCAUCAACAACACUUCCUCAACCUGUUUCAAAAUUAUCUGGCAAUAAUAUCAACAAAUUUUGUCUGCCAUUUCUAUAUGCAACUAUAAGCAUCAUAUACAUAUUUCUGGCCAAUUAUAUUGGGCAGAAUAUAUUCGACGAUAAUAUUCACGUAUUCGUUACGGCAUACAACAUUCAAUGGUAUAAAGCUCCUUUGCAUAUACAAAAAAUGAUACUAUUCCUGUUGCGUAGAGGAACUAAGAAAUUUACUCUAAACGUCGGUGGACUACUUGAUGGAACAAUAGAAAAUUUCGCUGCGCUGACAAAGGCUUCGAUAUCUUAUUUUACAGUAAUAUAUUCUACGCGAUAACAAUACAAAUAUCAAUUUAUUAUUAUUAUAGUGGAGAUAUGAUUAAUGAGAAAAUGACAUUUAGGUUUAGAAAAGAUAGAUUUAUUUUUAGAACAUGUAAUGUAGAUAAAUAUUUUCUUGUUGAAAAGAAGAUUAAAGUUAUUUAAAUUAAGAUAUUAAUACUGCAAGUUUUUGUGAUCUGUUGAAAUCGAUUAUUAUAUCAGCUCUAAUUUGAUUAUAAACAAAACAUAUUUAAAUA